AUGAAAACGCUCUGUCAUUCCUUACCUCCUCCCCUACCCUCCUCCCCUACCCUCCUCCCCUACCCUCCUCCCCUGCCCCCUCCCCGUCGCUCCUCCUCUUGCCAACGCCCCUCCAGUGACCCCCAGCCUGUGAGGGAGUUCAUUCGAGCUGUCUUUAUGGAAAUGAAAGGCGAUGUGACGCGCACCCUUCUCCCUUCCCACAUCCGCUUACUUCCCCCUCUCCUCUUGCCAACGCCCCUCCAUGGUGAUGGUGAUGGGUAUAGUGGUGAUGGUGAUGGGUAUAGUGGUGAUGGUGAUGGGUAUAGUGGUGAUGGUGAUGGGUAUAGUGGUGAUGGUGAUGGGUAUAGUGGUGAUGGUGAUGGGUAUAGUGGUGAUGGUGAUGGGUAUAGUGGUGAUGGUGAUGGGUAUAGUGGUGAUGGUGAUGGGUAUAGUGGUGAUGGUGAACACGAGCAGCGAUAUGACAUGACUAAGCGUCUAGCUCUCCCUCGGGUCGAACUCAUUCUAUGGACGGUUCCCCUCUGCCUCCUUCCCCCAGCCCUCCGAUCUCCAAAGCAGCAGCAGCGCCCGCGCCUCUCUCUCCUUUGCCUGCACAUCUUGUCUUCUCCCUUCUCUCACCCUCACCGUUUUACACCCCUGCCUCCCCCAUUUGUUUCCCUUCAGAGCUCUCCCUCGGGUCGAACCCACUCCAUGGACGGCUCUUCCUCCGCCUCCUUCCCCCAGCCCUCCGACCUCCAACGCAGCAGCAGCGCCCGGGCCUCUCUCUCCUUCUCCCCCACUCUCCCUCCUUCCCACAACCACAAGCAGCCGCAGCAGCAGCCACAGCAGCAGCAGCAGCAGCAGCAGCAGCAGCAGCAGCAGAAGGCUCUACCACCACGCAAAUCCCCUUCUCUUUCUGCCAACAGCAACACCAGCGCCAGCACCAGCACUGGUGCGAGAUUCCCUGGCAGCAGCAGCACGAGUAGCACUAGGUUCUCUAACAUCCCAAGCAGCAGUGGUGAUGGGGUGGAUGCGCCUGUGAGGCCUUCCCACCCAUACCAGUCCCCGCCCUUACAGUCACACCCAUACCCUCAGGGCGGGGUUAUGGGGAGCCCAGGGGGAGUGAUGGGGAGUGCAGGAGGAGUGACGGGAAGUCCAGUAGGGGGUAUGGGGAGCGCUGGGGGAGGUAUGGGGAGUCCAGGAGGGGUUAUGGGAAGUGCAGCUGGGUUGAUGGGGGGAGGGGUUAUGGGGAGCCCAGGCGGGGUUAUGGGGAGCGCAGGGGGGGUGAUGGGGAGCCCAGGGGGGGUUAUGGGAAGUCCUAGAGGGGUGAUGGGGAGCUCAGGCGGGGUUAUGGGGGGCACAGGGGGAAUGAUGGGAAGUCCAGGGGGAACAAUGGGCAGCCCAGGAGGGGUGAUGGGGGGCGCAGGGUUGGCUAUGGGAAGCCCAGGAAGAGCGAUGGGGAGCCCAGGUGGGGUUAUGGGGAGCGCAGGGGGAGCGAUGGGGAGCCCAGGGGGAGCGAUGGGGAGCCCAGGGGGAGCGAUGGGGAGCCCAGGGGGAGCGAUGGGGAUUCCAGGGGGGGCGAUGGGGAGCCCAGGUGGGGUUCUGGGAAGCGCAGGGGGCCCAAUGGGGAGUCCAGGGGGAGCCAUGGGGAGCCCAGGGGGGGCUAUGGGGAGCCCAGGGGGGGCUAUGGGGAGCCCAGGGGGGGCUAUGGGGAGCCCAGGGGGGGCUAUGGGGAGCCCAGGGGGAGGAGCAAUGGGCAGCGGAAGAGCUGCGAUGUGGAGCCCUGCAGGCGUCAUGGGAAGCCCUGGGAUGAGGCCAUCUCCGUUGGGGUCUCCCGGAUUGGUAGGCUUCCCUCCCACUCACACGUGCUGUUUACUUGAGGGUAGUGAGACGCCUUUUGAGGCGCCUCAGAACGCCCUGCAGGCGUCAUGGGAAGCCCUGGGAUGA